GAGGAUGACUGGAUUAAUAAGACUAGACAAUGCUAUUCAAAUUCUGACAUUAGAGAUGCAGAUAUUUUUAUGCAACAAGCUUCUAAUACUUCUAUAAUGAAAGAAAAUGCAUCAAAUAAAAUUGAUUAUCAGACUUUAAAUGAAGAUUAA